UCGUAAAGCUAGUUUCCAAAUAAUGGGGACACGGUUCUGUACACCGUGCCUUUCAUGUGAUAAUUUAUCCUUUUGACAAGACAAUGAACCCCAAGUUACACCCACUGACAUCUCUUCGUGUCAAUAAGAAAACAAAGCAUGAAAACGCAGCUCAAAGUUGCCUCAUGGUGAGAAAUCUGUUUAAUCUUUCUCCAGCUCGGUGAAGAUGGAGAAGACCAACCAGAACCUGUUGCAGUGGACCGUGGCGGACGUGGCCAGCUACUUCUCAGCGGCGGGAUUCCCAGAGCAGGCGGUGGCUUUUCGAACGCAGGAAAUCGACGGGAAGUCUCUCCUCCUGAUGCAGCGCAGCGACGUCCUGACGGGCUUGUCCAUCCGACUCGGCCCCGCCCUCAAAAUCUACGAGCGCCACGUCAAAGUGCUGCAGAGGACCCACUUCCUGGAAUGUGACGACAUCUGACGGGGACCAGCAGCGCCGUAUGAACUCGGAAACGUGCAUGCAGUUCCCUCCGCCAUCUGGAUCCGCCCGCCCGUCCUCCUUCAUGUAUAAAUGCGUAGAGGGCGCGCGGCGCGGGAAAAAGGCUGCGGAGGAUUUCGCCUUCACUGUGAGAACGACCAGAAGCUGAAAGACAGUCAUCCUACCUCUCAUUACGGUCUUCGAUUUUUCAAACUUUUUAUUUUUUUUUUCCACUCCUGUGGCCAAUUUGCGGAGACAAAAGACAGCUGCAAGAAAAAUCAGUUUGAGUGGAGCCGUGCUGACCUUUCUGCUAAAGUGACGCUGGUGCGUACGGUACACAGCACUGAGACCCACUCCAAGGGGGGGGGGGUCAUCCUGUCAACUUUCUGCAAGAUUUAAAAACCGAAGGUCACUAAGAACUUAAAGCACAUCCGCUGUGCUUCCUUUUCUCUCGGUGGUGAGAGUCAAGCGUCAGAAGUCGAUGUAAAAAGUUAGCGUCGAACGUUCGUCUCAUUCCUGACUUGUUUCCACCGGUAGCUGCUGCUGUGGAUUACGGCCUCGGUGUCCGUGCUCCACGCAUUUAGCCCGUUAUGUGUUAUACUAUCUAUAUGUGCAGUCUUAAUUAUAAACGAUUGUGGUCCAACCGUUUCAUUUGGGGGAACCGAUUCCAGCUGUAAGCGACCAAAAAAAAA